ACCCGCACGAAUAUAAGAGAAUCUGUCAUACAGACUAGCGAACUCAGCCGGACGGGUGUACGAGUCUAGUUAUUUGUAGAAAGUUAAAAGCUACCCGGCAUAAGAAACAGAUACCGAGAGACGUUAUCGAUGGAUAACCCGGGGGAUCUGACCAGUGGGCAAAACGCCGCCGCCCUGGUCAUGUUGGCCUUCCUUCAAGCUGACUGCAGAACUUCAGAAUACGAGAAGGAGCUUCUCUCCCUGUGCAAGGAUUUAAAUCUUACCCGGGACAUCGACUUCAAAGACGCUCUGGAAGACGGAGACAUUGAAACUGAUGGCCACCUGCCUAGUCGCAUCACAGCUACUCUAGAUGAUAUUCAGCCUUCACUGGAACUGCAGUGGCCUAGGAACCGUGCAGAGGCAGCGGACCUCCAGCAGAUUGCAGAAGGGCUGAGAGAAAUUGCAGACCAGCUCGAACACGUUGUUGUUGCUCAGGCUACCCAGAACCUGAGCAGGAACCUAACCACCUCCCCCUCUGACCAGUGGAAAAAUUACCUUACCCAGGAGGUGAGGACGGUGAUGAGGCAGGGCGUGGGUCUGGAGCAUCUACCUCAGGAGCGAGUCAUGAUGGCCCUCACGCUCACCCUGGUGAGGGGAGUGUGCGAGCAGGCCCCUCGGCUGCUGAGAAACCUCUUCCACACCGCGCUGCAGUGCAUCAACCCUGCGAGGGCCAGGUGACUUCGACUUGUGCGCUGCAGGCUGAGAGGAAAUAACUGAGAAACGGCUGGAGGAAGACAGCUGAAUCCGAAACUGGCACCUGCUCCUCGUGACCAGUCGACUGUGAAAGGAGCUGCGUUGACCAUACUGUUGUAAAAAAACACUUCACAUUAAGGAAAGUGAUGAAUUUGUUUACAUUUAUAUUUUGGAAACAGGUUGAGUUUGACACUUGAAUUUUGACAUUACUUUGUGCUCUGUUUAUUCUUGCUUAAAAAUGUAUCUUUUGAUUAUAUACUUGAAAAACAAGAUAUUUUUGUAUUCAAUUAUUUUACUUUCGGAAUACACAGUGUCAUGAUUAAAUAUAUUUUCCUGGGA